AUGGCGACCUUCGUGGCGCACCGCGGGAAUGCAGAGCUAGUGGUACCUGCUCGGGCGACGGCGCGCGAGGUGAGGCGGCUGUCUGACAUUGACAGUUCUCCAGGGCUACGUUCAUACAUGACUCUCAUCGAAUUCUUCGGGUGCCGUGUCCCUGGAGGCACGCCCAAGCAACUCGCGAGCUCCCUCAAGGCCGCCCUCGCGGAGGCGCUGGUCUACUACUACCCCGUGGCCGGCCGCCUGCGGGAGCUCCCAGGCAGGAGGAAGCUAGUGGUGGAUUGCACGGCGGAAGGAGCGGUGUUCGUGGAGGCGCGUGCUGACGUGCGGCUGGAGGAUCUCGGGACGCCGUUGGUGCCACCAUUCCCAUGCGUCGACGAGCUCAUUUGCGAUGUGGGCGACGUCACAACUGUCGUCGGCAAGCCGUUGCUCUACUUGCAGAUGACGCAGCUCAGAUGCGGAGGCCUGGUUGUGGCGAUGACCACGUGCCACAGCGUCGCCGAUGGAUUCGGCAUGGUCCAGAUCCUUAGAUGCAUACUUGACCUAGCACGAGGCCAACCAGUGCCCGCCGUCUUUCCCCUGUGGGAGAGACACCUUCUUGCAUCCUCUUUACCCGCCGCCAUGCUCCCAAAGGAUGAGGCCAGUCCGACGAUGCUGCGGACGCUGACCUCAAUGCCGUCACCAAUAAUCGACGAAUUGGUGACAAAGUCCUUCCUCUUCGGCCCAACUGAGAUAGCCGCGCUGCGGAGGGGAUUACCAGGGCACCUCGCGAGAUCAUCAACCGUGUUCGAGCUCAUCACGGCGGCCGUGUGGCGAUGCAGGGUGGCGGCCCUAGAGUACGCGCCCGACAAGCGGGUGCGGGUGACGCUCGCCAAGAACGCGCGGGGAAGCUGGAAGCGUGAGCCCCGGCUCCCGCCAGGGUUCUACGGCAAUGCCAUCAUGGGUACAACGGCCGAGGCCAGCGCCGACGAGCUCUGCCGCGGCUCACUCGCGCGCGCGGUCGAGCUAGUGCACGAGGCCAAGAUGAAGCUCACAGACAAGCGUUUGGGGGAGGUGCUGGACCUCCUGGUGAGGAACGAGUACGCCGGGGCGAACCUGUUUGACGGGGGGUUCGCGGUGUCCGACAUGAGCCGUUGCGGGAAUGCCUCGCUGGAAUUAGGCAGCUGGGCGGAGCGCGCUGGCGGCGGUACGCCAGGGGCAGGGGGUGUCAUGGCGACGCUGUCGAGUAUUUUUAUGAGCUGUAAGGAUAGCAACGGCGACGAGUGUGUCGCUGUUCCCAUGUGCUUGCCGGAGCUACCCAUGAGGAGGUUCAUGUCCCAGAUUGCCGCGGUGACCAAGGUGAUCGCAAGCAGCUCUAUGUAG